UGAUCGAUGCCGUCAGCCAAUCAGACUCGGCCAGGAGGGCGUGUCCAACUUGUUAACGGUGCACUGUGGUGUCGGCCCACAUUGCGCAGGCGCAGACCGGCGGACGAAGAUGGUGCUCAUCAAGGAAUACCGCGUGGUGUUGCCCAUUUCAGUUGAAGAGUAUCAAGUGGGCCAGCUGUACUCGGUGGCCGAGGCCAGCAAGAACGAGACGGGCGGUGGCGAAGGCAUCGAGGUGCUGAAGAACGAACCCUAUGAGAAGGAUGGCGAGAAGGGACAGUACACACAUAAAAUCUACCACUUAAAGAGUAAAGUCCCAGGAUACGUGAAGAUGAUCGCACCAGAGGGAGCGUUAGUUUUUCACGAAAAGGCGUGGAAUGCCUACCCCUACUGUCGCACCAUUGUGACGAAUGAAUACAUGAAAGAGGACUUCAUGAUUAAGAUCGAGACGUGGCACAAGCCUGAUAUGGGAACAGUAGAAAACGUGCACGACUUGGAUGAGCCUACGUGGAGGAGUGUGGAGGUGGUUCCCAUAGAUAUCGCAAACAAAGACGAAGUGUCGCCAGGGGACUACAAACCGGAAGAAGAUCCUACACUGUUCCAGUCAGUCAAGACAGGAAGAGGACCCCUCGGCCCCGAGUGGAAGAACGAGCUGAAGACGGACUGUCCGUACAUGUGUGCAUACAAGCUGGUCACAGUCAAGUUCCGAUGGUGGGGUCUUCAAACCAAAGUGGAGAACUUCAUCCACAGGCAAGAAAAGCGCAUCUUCACCAACUUCCAUCGCCAGCUCUUCUGCUGGGUGGACAAGUGGGUGGGUCUGACCAUGGAGGACAUCAGGCGGAUGGAGGAGGAGACUCAGAAAGAGCUGGAGGAGAUGCGUCAGAAGGGCGACGUGCGAGGCACCUCAGUGACAGACGAGUAGAGGCUAUCGCUGUAGGCAAACACUUGAGGCGGUCUGACUGCGUAAGACGGGUCCCAUUCGAGGCACCAGUGCUGCUCAUGAGCAGUGAGCCAAAAACAACCCUACCCUGUCUUGAUGAUGUCACCGGAGACACGCCCACUCCCACAACCACCACCCCCAGGAGGCAGUGGCCUUGACGUCGCCUCCUCUCUUCCUAUCUGACAUGAUUCAUUUUUGGGGUGGAGGGGGGGAUGAGACCCCACCACUGUACAGAACCCCUCCAACAACAAGCUGGUAUAUCUACACUGACAAACCAACUCUUUGCACACAUGUAAUUUGCCUGACAUGUAAAUGACAUCGGAUGGGCUUGUUUGGAUUCUGCUGUGUCAGCAAUGACUCACAAGCCUUUCAAUUGAUUCUAAUUAGAAGAAUGUGCUUUUUAGGUCCCCAACAAAUUGGUUACUUUAGCAGCCGUUGGACCAUUUCUUACGAACUCCCUUGUAUUAUACUUGUCCGUGUUUGUCUAUGUUGUUGGAAGUGUGACCCGCCCCCAACGCUGCCGCCUCACCGUCGCCUCUGCCUGGCACACCACCGAGGCCGCGCUCACGCAUCACACGCUCACUCGCAUGCGUUUGGACCGGGCAGGCCGCCUUGAGGCAGGUGUGCACCUUUUUAAAGCACCGCCACCCGCUUGAACGAUGUAAGAGAGUGACAUGUUUUUUUUUUUUUAUUUUAGUUUUAAUCGGAUUUUAAGAGGAGCAAUUGCAGCGUCUGUGCGAACGGGUGCAACGUUUUUGAGUUUUACUCCCCGUGUUUGUGUCGAGUUUUAAGUGUACUUUCUCGUAGGAACUCGAAUGGGCUGCUAGCGUUUUUAACAUCGGUGGUUUUAUACUGUAUUGCAUUGAGAAGAGUACAUGUUUGUGUGUGCAUUCAUUCAUGCUUCGCUUGGCCGUCAAAAUACCGCAGGGCCUCUUUUGUUUUGAAACCUGAUCAAACCUCACGGUAAUGACAUUUUAAGAAUAUUUGGAUCAGCAUGCCUGAUAUUUUCUCAGCUGCUUCCCUGCUUUGUCUUGUUUUGUGGCUCUGAUUGCUUCAUCAGACUGGAAGGGAAAUCCUUUGCAAGGUUUCGUCGUCUCACAGCACUCUGCUUGACUGGAGUCAAGUCGGAGUCAUUGUGAUGAUGAUGGGGGUCGCCCUCCAGACUGGACCUGACCUAUUUAUGUGAGUGUGUGAUGCCAGUCAGAGUAUGACCGUGAGGGGAAGAAUAGAAGCUUUGACAACACAACAACAUCCAAAUUGACUGGUUCCUUCUUGAUUGUCCUCAUGAAAAAGCGCUUGGAGGAAACGACUUUGUUUUUUCGGAAAGAUGUAAGGACUCGAGUUUGUCUCGCCACAAAGACAACAUUCAGGGGUAUCAGUAGUGAAUGUACAAUUAGUUUUUUUUUCCUGUUCACAGUUUGCAAGCUGUGACUGAAGGUCUAGAGACAAUGGAACACAAAAUAAAAUCUAAUAAAUUUCAACUAAACUGAAGAAAUCA